AUGGCUAAGGUGCUACGCGAGCUUCCCCGGGGCGAAGCCGCAAUCGCGGAAGCCCACGAAAAAAGCCGUGACGCUGCCGUCCAAAUCGCCGCCGGCGAUCCCCUGGAAAUCACCAAUUUCGAGGGCGAAACCUCUUACAGCGUGACGAUCGCCGGCAAGAAACGCGAGCUGCCCUACACCUACUCUCGCCUGGGUGCCCUGACCUACGGCAUGCAACUCACCCCCGAGGAUGAGGCUAACCUUCCGUCCGUCAGCAAGAGUCGCAUCCUCAGCAAAGUGAACGGCAACUACAUCUCGCUCCAACUCCGCGUUCAACGAGAUGAAUCGACCGGAAAUGUGUACCUGUACUACAAGCCCUUCGCGCUGGUGGGGGCUUACGACAACCAAGAGCGGUCCCAGGAGUUUUCGCCUUUGAUGGAAGACUCGGUCCGCGACGUCCGCGGCAUUGGGCUGUUCGUCAAACCAGGCACAACGCCUUCGGCCGAGGCGUUCCGAACCUUCGUAGCGAUCAACAAGAACACCAUCACCGUCGACAACGGCUCAGCGGAACCGGCCUUGGAACCACAUUACGAAUUCUUCUUUGGGCGUCUCCGCGUCGAAGGCGAUGACGUUCAGCUGCAUGUGUUUGGCACCACAGAAUACCGCAAGAAACUGAACUACAUGAACGCCUACCAGGCACCCGCGACGCGUGAAGAAUGCACCAUGCUCAGCACGAUCUUCUUCACCGACUACACGCUGGCCAAGCAAUCCCCAUCGGCGAAAGCCGCCCGCGAGGUUUUGAUCAAGCGCCAGGCUCAAGUAUCACUCGAUCAAGCGAAUGAGUACGCCAAGAGCCAGGGGCUUGAAGGCGACGCGUGGGAUAACCUGACGGAAAUCCUUGAUGCGAUGAUCGACGGGCAGCGGAUGAUCUGCUGCGGCACGGCCAAGAUCCGCGACAAGAUCGCUCGCGACGGCGCCGAUUACGUCGAGAUCGAGGUUCACCGCACACUGCCCGCCACGUUGGUAAAGCUGCGGGCCGAGGGCUACCAGAUCGUGGGGCUCGAGCAAACGACCCAUUCCGAGUCGCUAUAUACAUACGCGUGGACUCUCAAGAGUGUGCUCGUGCUUGGCAACGAGCGGCGAGGAUUAGACCCCGAGGUGCUCAAGCUGCUCGACGCAGCCGUUGAGAUUCCGGUUUACGGGCAGCCUUUCAGCCACAAUGUGGCCACCGCAUUGCCCGGGCGACCUGAAACAUUCUGGAGAGGGAUAACCGUGGCUGGUACCUGCGUUAUCGGUUUGCAGUGGGGCGAUGAAGCCAAAGGGAAAAUCGUCGACCUGCUGACCGAAGAUCACGAGAUUGUGGUCCGCAGCCUGGGCGGAUCGAACGCAGGGCAUACGGUCGUAACCGGUGGGCAAACCUACAAGCUCUCGCUCAUCCCCAGCGGCAUCUUGUACCCCAAUGUGCAAUGCGUGGUUACCGGGGGCGUGGUGAUCAACCCGGAAUCGAUUCUGGGUGAAAUCGAUCAGCUAGCCGAACGCGGAGUGCACAUCGGCGACAACCUGAUGAUCAGCAAUCGGGCGCAUGUCAUCUUCCCCUGGCACCUAGAAGAGGAACGCCUGAUCAAUGCCCCCGUGGCCGACGGAGAAUCAAUCGGCACAACCAACCGUGGUAUCGGUCCUUGCUACCGUGACAAAGUCGGCCGAUCGCAUGCCAUCCGUUUGGGCGACCUGUACCGUGACGGACUCAAGAAAGAAAUCGAACGGAUCCUAAAAGACAAACGUGCCAUGCUGGCCGAACUGCCCGGGCAAAGUAACGGCCAAGCCUUGGAUGCCGAAAAGAUUUUCACCGAAUAUACCGCCCACGCCGAGCGACUUCGCCCGCAUGUGACCGAUACCACCAGCUACCUGCUCGACGCACUCGAGGCCGACAAGCCCGUGUUGUUCGAAGGUGCUCAGGGAGCCCUGCUGGACAUCGAUCAUGGAACCUUCCCCUUCGUAACCAGCAGCAAUAGCUCGGGGGUGGGCAUUAGCUGCGGAUCGGGAGUUCCUGGUCGGUACAUGAAGCAGAUCAUCGGUGUGGUGAAAGCCUAUACGACUCGCGUCGGCGGGGGCCCCUUCCCCACCGAACAAGACAACGAAAUUGGGCAACGCAUCCGCGAUGUCGGCAACGAAUACGGUACCGUCACCCGGCGUCCUCGACGCUGCGGAUGGUUCGAUGCCGUGGCAGCUCGCUACACCGCCCGACUCAGCGGAGUCGACUGCCUGGCCGUGAUGCUGCUCGACGUUCUGAGCGGAAUGCCCGAGUUGCAGAUUUGCACGGCCUACGAAAUCGACGGAGAACGCGUCACCGCCUUCCCGGCCCAUGUCGACGAUCUCCGUAAGGCCGUCGCGGUCUACGAGACGAUCCCCGGCUGGGAAGAGGACAUCACCGGCGUUCGCAAAAUGGAAGACUUGCCGAAGAAUGCACGGAAGUAUUUAGACCGCAUUGGCGAAGUCGUUGGUCGUCCCGUAGAAAUCGUGUCGGUGGGGCCCGAUCGAGAGCAAACCAUCUUCGCCCGCCCCAAACACAUCGCCAUCAUCAUGGAUGGCAACGGUCGCUGGGCGCAGGACCAGGGUCUACCCCGCAUCGAAGGACACCGCCGUGGCGUAAAGGCCGUUCGUACGGUAACCGAGCAAUGUGCCCAACUGGGAAUCGAGCACCUCACGCUGUACUGCUUCUCGAGCGAGAACUGGAAACGCCCGCAAGCCGAACUCGACGCCCUGAUGAGCUUGCUGGAGCAGUUCAUGAUCGAAGAACGCUCCGAAAUCCUCCGGGAGAAUAUCCGGCUUACUGUGAUCGGUCGCCGAGACGGCAUCCCCGAGAGUGUGCUCGAAGAAACCGACAAGACCGUGGCCCUCAGCAGCGAAAACACCGGGCUGCACCUUUGCUUGGCCAUCAACUACGGCGGCCGCGGCGAGUUGGUCGAUGCGAUGCAGAGUCUCGCCGCGGAGGUGCGAGAGGGUCGAUUGAACCCUGAAGACAUCGAUGAAGACACGAUCGCCGAGGCCCUCUACACGGCCGGCACUCCCGACCCCGACCUGAUGAUUCGUACGGCGGGAGAACUACGAAUCAGCAACUACUUGCUAUGGCAACUCAGUUACUCUGAACUCUGGGUGACCAAACGUCGCUGGCCCGAGUUCGGCCGCGAAGAGCUUCAUCAGGCAAUUCGAGAAACGAUCCGGCUGCUCUCGACAGAUCGCUUCCAUCCUUCACCGGCCGUGGUUUACACAGGCAGUCUGGCCAUCUCCGUCAGCCCCUGGUUGGCUUACAUCUGGCCCGACACAACAUUGGGUACUCUUGGCUGGCCGAUGCUGGUUAUCGGUCUCGUAUUUGUGGGGGCAACCGCUGAAGCCGUGGUUCGCUAUCAACGUGAAACUCAGGCGGCGAUUCAGUUGGCGGUCACGCUGUUCGCAGUGAUGUAUGUUGGCCUGCUGUUGAGCUUCGUGGUGCAGUUGCGAUUGAUCGACGAUGGCGCGCUCGGCGUGAUCCCAAUUUUGGCGCUGAUCAUUGUGGUGAAGAUGAGCGACAUUGGGGCCUACACCGUCGGGCGGUUGAUCGGCAAACACAAACUGGCCCCAGCCCUGAGUCCUGGAAAAACUAUCGAAGGCCUUGCCGGUGGCGUGGCGUUCGCUUGCCUGGCUUCGUGGCUUGUGUGGCUUACGCUCAGUGCCGGUUAUGGCAAUAUGCCAGGCGAACUGUGCCUGGGCAUGUGGAUGCUCUUCGCAGCUGCGGUUGCCCUGGUCGGCGUGGUGGGCGACUUGGCCGAAUCGAUGCUGAAACGCGACGCAGGCGUGAAAGAUUCCAGCACCUGGAUGCCCGGUUUCGGGGGCGUCCUCGACUUGUUGGAUUCGAUUCUCAUCUCUGCCCCGGUGGGCUACGUUUUUUGGGCCACGGGACCACCCAGCGCGGCCGAGAGUGCCUCGCUCAACUGGAUGUUCAGAUCCACCAUAUCGGUUGUCGAUUCCGAAUCGCUGACGUCACUCUUCGGAGCACACGAUCAGCAUCUAAGGAAAAUCCGCGAAGCGCUCAGCGUGAAUAUUUCGAUGCGCGGUGACGAAAUCCAGAUUGAAGGCGAAGAAAACGUCGUUGCGCAGGCAACCGAGGUGCUGACCGAGCUGAACAAGCUGGUUCAGCGACACGGUUCCUUCGAGCCCGAGGAAGUCACUCGCCUGUUGGCCACCGUUCGUGGCGAACCCGCUCCGCCGAACUCACCCGAGCUGGGCGUUCAAGCAGCAGGGCGAAAACUGGUUCCCCGCACCGAUGGCCAAGCCCGCUAUCUCAGGGCCAUCCACGAGCACGAGCUUGUCUUCUGUGUGGGUCCCGCCGGCUGCGGAAAGACAUAUCUGGCCGUGGCUUCAGCCGUGGCGGCUUUACGUCGUCGCGAAGUUCGCAAGAUUGUGCUGGUUCGUCCCGCGGUCGAAGCUGGCGAAAACUUGGGCUAUCUGCCCGGCGACUUACAGGCAAAAAUCAAUCCCUACCUGCGUCCGCUGCUCGAUGCAUUGCAAGAGAUGAUGGACAGUGACCAGGUGAAGAAGUACACCGAGCAGGACAUCAUCGAAGUCGUCCCCUUGGCCUACAUGCGCGGUCGCACACUCAACCGGUCGUUCAUUAUUCUGGACGAAGCCCAGAACACCACAACCGCUCAGAUGAAGAUGUUCCUCACCCGGAUGGGACACGAGUCGAAGAUCGUGGUUUCCGGCGACGUCACCCAAGUCGACCUGCCGCAUCACGCCCGCAGUGGGCUCAUCGAUGCUAUCGCUCGUCUGCAAGGAAUUCGCGGGGUUGCUCGCGUUGAGUUGACAGGGGCAGACAUUGUCCGCCAUCGUCUCGUCACUGAAAUCGUUCAGGCAUAUGAGGAGAAGUCGAAGAAGCGGUCCGCACGAGUCGCCGCGCUGGAAUUGCCUCCCAGCCGUACGGCUCGGGCGCUCGGCCAACUGCGGCGUUCAACGUCGCUGGCCAGGCUCGGAAUGGCCAUGGUGGCCAUCGUCGUGCUCUGGGUGGUGAUGCGAGGCUGGGCUCCUCCCUUCUCGUAUCACGUUGGAUAUGUCCCCCAUCGCGAACUCACCGCCCGAGUUUCGUUUGAAAAGUUCAAUCCCGACGCCACCCGCGACAUGCAACAGGCGGCCCGCCGACGGGCUCGCUUCGUGUACGAUCAAGAUCCUGAGCCGCUCAUCCAGCUUCGCAGCGCGUUGGUGAAUCAGGUCUUGGCAGUUACGAACGCCCCGUCGCUGAAGGAUUUGGCCGACGACGUCUGGAACCAGUUCGAUCCCCCUCCGGCCGACGCAGCCAACCAACCCACCGAAGCAGAGCGGGAAGAGCGAUUCCAACAGUUUCGUGCCGCACUUACCGGCCAAGACGCAAUGACCGCCUUCGAGAAGGCACUCGAAAGCUCCUUCCAGAAGUACGAGCGUAUCGGUCUGCUCGACCAGCUUCCCCCGGAGCAUUCCGGUGAGGGCAAUCAAGACGAGAUCACGGUCAUCAACCUGAAGGAUCCCAAAGAUCCGCUCACGGUCAAAGUAACCGACGUGCUGAUCGGUGACGGUAGCCCGAUCUACGCCAGCCUGCUCAGCAAGAUCAAGCCGGCCGAAGUGGCCGAUCGGGUAUUCGCCUGGCUCAAGCCACGGCUGCCCACCACACUAAAACUGGAUAUCGAAGCCACGGAACGUGCCCGCGAGGCGGCGGCCGAAGCCGUGGAGCGGCAGUUCGUCACUUACGACCCAGGUCGUGUGCUGGCUGGUGCUAAGGAUCCGCUCAGCAAAGAAGAACUCGAUGUCUUGAGGCUCGAAUAUAUCGCCUAUUGCGCUCAGCUCUCGACCACGGAACUGCUGACCCGGUCGGUCGCCACUUUGGGCCUCAUCUCCGGCGUCUUUAUCUUAUGCGGCUACUUCAUCCUUCGCCGUGCCCAUUACAUCCUCGAAACUUGGCGGCAGUACUCCCUACUGCUUGGCUUCGUCGUCGGCUCGGUCGCCCUGGCUUGCUGGAUAUCCCAAGAUCCCUGGCGAGCGGAGAUUCUGCCACUGUUGUUCUUAGGCAUGACCUUCGCCGUCGCGUACGGUCGCGAAACAGCAUUGCUGCUCUCGGCGGCCGUGUCCUUACUUAUGGUGUUGGCCAUCGACCAGAGCCUGGGGACCUUCAUGAUCCUGGGCGGCUCGGUGGCGUCUGCCGUGCUAUUGCUGGCUCGUAUUCGCAGCCGAAGCAAGCUAAUUAAGGUCGGCGGACUUGCGGCCCUCGCCGCCGCCACACUCACUUUGAUCGCCGGCAUCAUCCUGGGCCAACCGCUUCAAGAACCACUCUGGCGUCUGGCCGGGUUUAACGCCUUAUGGGCUUUAGGAGCAGCCCUGCUCAACUUCGGCCUGCUCACGGUGAUCGAGAGUGUAUUCGGCGUGGUCACCGAUCUGACGCUGCUCGAGUUGGGUGAUGUUUCACUUCCGCUUCUGCAAGAACUAGUUCGCCGUGCCCCGGGAACUUAUAACCACUCAAUCAACGUGGCCUCAAUUGGCGAGGCUGCCGCCGAUAGCAUCGGCGCCAACGGUCUGCUGGUUCGCGUUGGGGCCUACUACCACGACAUCGGGAAGAUGUUCAACCCAGGGUACUUCAUCGAGAAUCAGGGCGAAGCCGAGAACCGGCACGAGUCGCUGAUGCCGGCCAUGAGCACCCUGAUCAUCAUCGCGCACAUCAAAGAUGGUGCCGACCUGGCAAGACAGCACCAUCUACCCCAGGCCCUCAUCGAUUUCAUCAUGCAACACCACGGCACUACGCUGGUGGCCUACUUCUACAAUCGUGCCCACCAAGAGAGCGCCGACAACCCCGACGCCGCCGAAGUGGACGAGGCGGCGUUCCGCUACCCGGGCCCCAAGCCUCAAAGCCCCGAAACGGCCAUCCUGAUGCUGGCUGAUGGCGUCGAAAGUGCCAGCCGGGUGCUCACCGAACCGACCCCCGCCCGCAUCGACAGCCUGGUACGCGAAAUCGCCAUGAAGCGAUUGCUUGAUGGGCAGUUCGAUGAAAGUGGACUGAACUUGAAGCAGCUUCGCACGAUCGAAGACAGUUUGAUCAAGUCGCUCACGGCCGUAUACCAUGGCCGUGUGAAGUACCCCGAUGCUGCGUCACAACGAACCGCAUGA